CAUUUCGUAUGACGUCACCCAUCAAUGAUAUUGAUCAUGUCGUCACGUCAGCCAACAAUUAUUUUGGCUAUAUUUUAACUGUAUUCAAGGAAAAAUAUGUAGUAAAGUUUUAAUUAAUGUCCUUAAGUAUCAAACAUUCCUUUUUACAUAUAUUGUGGGACUUAGAUUUAAGAUUUAAAGAUGAUGCAGUUCAUGUUAUUGUUCAGCCGGCAAGGCAAACUAAGACUGCAGAAAUGGUACGUGGCGCACCCAGACAAGCUGAAGAAGAAGAUCACACGAGAACUUAUAACCACUGUGCUAGCCAGGAAGCCUAAGAUGUGUUCCUUCUUAGAGUGGAAAGAUGUCAAAAUAGUUUACAAAAGAUAUGCGUCUCUAUACUUCUGUUGUGCGAUGGAGCAAGAGGACAAUGAGCUGUUGACCCUCGAGCUGAUACAUCGCUAUGUGGAACUGCUUGACAAGUACUUUGGCAGUGUAUGUGAGCUGGAUAUAAUCUUCAACUUUGAGAAGGCAUACUUUAUCCUGGAUGAGUUGGUGCUCGGUGGUGAGCUGCAAGAGACCAGCAAGAAGAAUGUCCUGAAGGCCAUCGCUGCACAGGAUCUACUCCAAGAGGACGAGACAGUGGACGCGGCGCUCCGGGAGGUGGGGCUCCUCUAGACACGGCGGCCGGCGGCGACGUGCACCCCCUGCCCAAUACCACCGCGCUAACAAAACGAAGUUCUAAGACAACACCAUCUGUCGCCUCGCCUACUCUAACUAAACUCCAAAACACCAUUUGCCAUAAUCAUAUUUUUAAUAUCACUAUUAUAUGUCUACAACAUAUUCAUUUUAGAAUUUUUUAUAGACUGUCAUCGUCAGUCGUACAUUAUUAGAUAGAAAUAAUAUUUAAUAAUGAUCUUGUAGAUUUUCUACUGUAGUUAUUUGGCGACUGAUACUUAAGAUUGGUUUUAAAUUAUCAUUACAUUAACCAUUUUAAUAUAUAGGUAAGUAUUUUAUAUGAAUGUAUUGACGGAAUUGUUUCUACAGGCCAAAGUGGACCAAGACGAAAUAUUAUUUUAUAAAUUAUCUUAAUCGAAUGUAUUUUAUAGAAGUAAGUUGACUAUUUCGGAGUUUCUCUUAACUAGUUGUAAUAUUAAUUGUUCAUUAGACUUUAUGUUUGUGUUCGUUGUCUUUAUUUUAAUGGUCGUCCAUAUUGUUUACGUGGUGCGUUGAACUAUUAUAAUUUUAUUGAUUGUUACAAAACGAAUUAUUAUUUAAAUAAGUUAAAAUUUUAUUCCUUGCGAAGUUUAUUUACUUUUGUUUAUUGACAUGACCUAACGAAUUUCAUUGUUUAUUGUUUAUAAGCCAAAACACUGAAAAUGUGUUAAUUAGCUUUAUUAUAAGUUUUUCUAGUUCAAAUCAAGUUGAGAUUUAAAGUUACUAUUUGAAAAAACUAUUAGCUUCGGUUAUUUGAGAUUUCCUUACAGAAUCCUUAAGAUUUUGUGUUAAAAAUAAGUAUUUCUUUUUUUAUAAAUUUAAUCGGGUAUUUUAUCAAAGAUUGAAAGAUUUUGUGACGUAAAAACAUAAUCAAGGAGUUAUGUGCAAUAAUGUGUAUUAAUCCCUACUAUGAUAAUGUUUCGUUCCAUGAUACAUAUUAUGUCUAUGUGAUAAAAUUACAUAUUUCUAAUAAAAUAUAUUUUACAAGUUAUAAACAUUUUUACUUUCAAUGCCCCUUUUCUGUAGAAAAGGUAAUGCGACCAAAUUUAAUUUGAUAAAAGAGGUUAAACGUGUAAAUUUGAAAGGAAGUGUGGAUAACCGAAAAGCGAUGGCUCGGUCUAACACGGCCACGAGCGACUCUGGCUCAGUGAUACCCCUUGUUGCAGGAGGAGACGCCCCAGGGCUUCUUCGACGACCACGGGCUCGGGUAAGCAGGCGCCGGCCCGGCCCCCUCGCCCCAGCCACAUACGUAGCGACCACGUACAACAUUACAAACGUCACGGAUUUUGAUAUUAGAACAUUGUAACAAACCUCGUUUUGAUAUUGAUGUCAUUAGGGUUGCGACUCGCGUGUACAAGGAUAUACAUAUGUAAAAUAUAUUACAGAAUAUUGUCAACAUAGUGAUAUAGUUGUUGUUUAUUGAAAUACCUAACUGUUGUACUCAGUAGUCAUAUACCAGGUUCAUUACUUUAUUGUUCUGUGGUUUCAUUUGCGUAUUGUAUUCAACUUUGAGCUUUUAGUUUAUAAGUAGGCAUUUAAUUACAAAUAUUUUUUGCACUUGAGAGGUUGUUUACCUAUUACAGUAUCAAUGGCAACUGCUUAUGUACUUAAUUUAGUUUAGUAAUGAUUUGAAUGUUGGUAGAACUGCUUCUUUCUAUGUACGUAACGUUGGUACAUAAUGUUGGUUAUGAAUAAGUUUUUCAGUAUCGUUAUGUAACUGUGGUAAAUGAAUAAUAAUGGUUUGUGCCAAAAGAAGCAUACAUACUUAUAUUUUGGUAAAGAUUCGCUUAUAUUGUUAUGGAUAAUAGAGUAGAUGAAGUUAUGUAAAUCUCUUUAUAUGUUAUUACUGAGAAUGGUACACUUGCAAUACUAGCCCUCCACUUUGUUACAUUGCUAUGGGACUCGCAGACUGCAUGAAUAGUUUGUUAGACAAGUAUCACACGUACUCGUACUGUGUCGAUGUACCUCUCACUAGUACACCCGACGGCCGCCCGCGGCGUUGAAAAGACUGUGCGAUUCACAUCAUUUGUAUACAUUUGUACAUUUGUAAACUUUACAGUAUUUAUUGCGCUAUAUUCGUGUAAGCUCCCAACGUCUUACGUCAGACUUUAAUCUCAUAUCACGUUCAUAUCUACAAAUUAUCAAGAGGCCUAAGGAUCAAACAAAUAUAACAUUCUCUUUGAAACAUAUUGCGUAUUAAAUUAAUAUUUAAGAAAUCAAA